GGACAGCUCCUACAGCCAAUCAAAGACAGAGUCGGUGGCUUCUUCCAGGAGGAGACCGGAAAUUGGUUUCGGCUGCAGAGGGGGAAGGCGGCUACCAGUGUAAAGCCAGAGUUGAGGUUCUUGAUAGUCCACAAUGGGUGAACCACAGCAAGUAAGUGCACUUCCACCACCUCCAAUGCAAUAUAUUAAGGAAUAUACAGAUGAAAAUAUUCAAGAAGGCUUAGCUCCCAAGCCUCCCCCUCCAAUAAAAGAUAGUUACAUGAUGUUUGGCAAUCAGUUCCAAUGCGAUGAUCUUAUCAUCCGCCCUUUGGAAAGUCAGGGCAUCGAACGGCUUCAUCCUAUGCAGUUUGAUCACAAAAAAGAACUGAGAAAACUUAAUAUGUCUAUCCUUAUUAAUUUCUUGGACCUUUUAGAUAUUUUAAUAAGGAGCCCUGGGAGUAUAAAACGAGAAGAGAAACUAGAAGAUCUUAAGCUGCUUUUUGUACACGUGCAUCAUCUUAUAAAUGAAUACCGACCCCACCAAGCAAGAGAGACCUUGAGAGUCAUGAUGGAGGUCCAGAAACGUCAACGGCUUGAAACAGCUGAGAGGUUUCAAAAGCACCUAGAACGAGUAAUUGAAAUGAUUCAGAAUUGCUUGGCUUCUUUGCCUGAUGAUUUGCCUCAUUCAGAAGCAGGAAUGAGAGUAAAAACUGAACCAAUGGAUGCUGAUGAUAGCAACAAUUGUACUGGACAGAAUGAACAAAGAGAAAAUUCAGGUCAUAGGAGAGAUCAGAUUAUAGAGAAAGAUGCUGCCUUGUGUGUCCUAAUUGAUGAAAUGAAUGAAAGACCAUGAAAGAUGUUUAUGUUUCUUUUUUCCUUUUGAUAAAUAGCCUCAUAUAUUAGUUUAUUUUCUUUUGGACAGUCUUAAGAGAGGUUUCACUAAAAAUGUAAACAGCUUUAAUCUUGACUCCAACUUUUUCAAUUAUGAGAUGUCAUAGGCAGUAAUUUCACUGUAUAACAAGCAUAGACAAAUGAGUACCCCUGCACUAAGAAUAAUCACUUUAAAAAGCAAAGUGUUCACCGCUGUUGUAUGGGACAUUCCUAUGUUUUGGAGUUGCAGUAAAACUUUGAUGAUAACCUCAGUAAUAGCAAAAGGUUUCGUCUUUGUAAAGGGGAUUUAUCAUUUGCUUUAAGAAUGAUAGAGGAAUAAUGGAUAUCAAUCUAUAAAUGUAAAACUAUGAUAUCUUUAAACUUAUUCCAUUAAAAAUUUUGCUUAAGCUGCAAAAGGUAGUAUAACAUGUUAAUAGAGAGGAGCCCAGAAGAAUUAUAAAACAGAAACUUUAUUUUUUCCUCAUGACUGCUCCUGUAAACCCACUAUCUCAGUCUUUUCUCCCUAUCCUGAAUGGACUCUUGCAGGCAAGUCCCAUGAAUUGUUUUUUUCUCCAGUCACUCAGGUAAUAAGUCCUUUGUAAGUUACAGACAUUAAUUUUAGUAAUUAAGAUGUCUAUGUCAUUAGCUACACAUUUUCUUUAAAGCUAAGCCCAGACUUGCUUAAGUCCACAAUGGGAAAGGGGUUUGAAGGCAGAGACUGCUAGGUGUCUACCAGAGAGUCUUGUUCUUUGAAGAUACGUUGCCAAGAUGUGGCAACCCAACCAGGGACAUUUCCGUACUGCCAGCAUCUCUGUGAGAACAUAUGAUUAAGUUCUAGGCAGUGAAAUGUGGGCAUAGGAAUCCAGGCUUGCCCCAUAAACAUUUCUUGCAUGAUCCUCCAUUCUUUUCUCCCAACUGCUGGUUGCAUGGUCAUAUCCAGGAUAAGUUUGGAAGCCACCGAAGAUGGCAAAGAUUGUCAGUCUGGGUCUUUGAAUGACUGUGAGGACUAAGUCUUCUUUUCAUUAACUCCACUCUGCCCCUCACUAAUGGGACUUUAUGUGAGCACUUUCUUCUCCCCACUGUCCAUCACCUCUUCCACCAAGGUGUUAGUAGAGAGUUGACUUUGUUUCUGAGGAUCUUUGCCUGCCAUUUUCUUAAUGUAGGCCAGUGGUUCUUAAAGUGUGUGGUCCUGGACCAGCAGCAUUGGUACCAUUUGGGGACUCACUAGAAAUAAAAGUUUUAGUAUAAUCCAUAGGUUCAGAAAAAUAAAAAAUAAAUGAAGUUUCUCUAGCUCCAUCCCAGACCUUUUCAACCAGAAAGUUGAAAAGACCAGCGGGGGCAACAUAGUGAGAACUUCUCUCCAUUGCUAUUUAAUUUUAAAAGGAAAGGAUAUAGGGUAUGUUGAUUGAAGGAUAAGUUGAAUAUAUAAACCAUGAGGAGGACAGAAAGUGUCUGAAGUUUUGAGUUAGUAGCCCUGGAGACCAUCCUUCCUGUUAGCUUCAUUCUCUUUACUGAUGAACUUCUUUAAUGAUGUAGGUGGAGAAUAUGGCAACUAACAGUUCCCAUGUGUUAAGCAUUUCUAUGUUUACCACUGUCUGGGAGUUCGCUCUCAAAUACGAAAAAAAAUGAGGUUAAUUAACGACCUAGACAUGAGGAAUUAGGGGUUGCAUACUUGAUUCCAACUGGGCAAAUCAACUGGGACUUGGCUCCCAUAAUAAUUUGACAGUCCCCACUAUGUCUAUGUAUGGAAGAGUCAGUCUGUCUCAGAGGAAGGAAGUGGCGCUGAACUAACAAUGAGAUAUCCACUACAGAUCAGGCACGUGUAAACUUAAUAUAAAUAGCAAAAAUAAACUGACUGUACAAAUCUG